CGUGCUUUGGUUUGGGAGUUCCUCUCGUCCGAAGCAGGCUGCGUCGAUAUGCUGCGCGAAUUGCCGCGGAGCCUGAUGGUGGCCGAGCUGCUGUUUGUGUCACAGGGCAACGGGGAAGAGAGCAGCAGUGCCGAGAGCAUCCUCUGCUUGUGUUCCCGGGUCUUCGUGGAGGAUCGAAAAUUGUACAAACAAGGCUUAAAAGGGUUUUAUGUAAAUGAUGAAAGUGACAGUACAGGAGAAGACCUAGUGACUGAGGAAGAAGAAGAAAAGUUUAAUUCCAUUGUGUCUGCUGAUUUAUCAAAUGACCGUGCUUUUGGACUGGAAGAAAAUGAAUUAGAUACAGAGACUAAACUCAUGAAGAGUAUGGGGUUACCUGUACAAUUUGGCAGUGUUACUAGCCCUAAGGCAUUUGUGGAAUUUAGAAAUGUUGAAAAGAGGUGUAAAAUAGUCAAGGGAAAAAAGAACAAAAAGAAGAAUACACUGCAAAAAGAGAUUCUUGAAAUGACACAAGAGAUUUUGGUAGAGGGUCACAGAGAUGACGACCACUCUCUUUUCGAGGAUGAGUCCUUAAUUACAAAGGAGAGUAAGAAUGAAGAGGAGUGUGAAAAUGGGGCUGUUGUAUUGGAAGAGCUUAAUGAGAAUGAAAAAUGGGGAGACUAUUGGCACAAAUAUGGAGAAGAACUUCUGUGGCAGAGUUGGCAGGAGAAAUACAAGGAUGGUGACUCUGACCUUUUAGCUGUGUCUGAACCUUGGAGCAAUCCUGAGGUGAAAGAAAAGUGGGAGCAGCAUUAUAGUGAGCUAUACUGGUAUUACUGGGAACAGUUUCACUACUGGGCAAGCCAAGGUUGGACUGUUGAUGCUGUACGUAACAACAGCACAAUAAAGAGCACAAGUACACUGGAAACAAGGCAGCCAGAAGAAAAAAUACCAGAUAUUGGUGCAGAUGGUGACUGUGGAGAAAUACUGGGCUCAGAAUUUCAUUCUCAUCUUUCUUCUGGUGGUAGCAGCAAGGAAAAUCUCAUUCUACCUGAUGAACUUUGUAAUGAAAUUCUUACUGCAGUUGGCAAAAUAAAUCUUGGUUGUGAAGAAGCAAAGCAGAGCACUUCAGCAAACAUGGUCGAUGUUACGGGUAAUCAAGGACAGAGUUCAAGAAGUGAUUCUGGUCAGGCUGAAACAUCUGAAAAAGGAACAAAGGAAAAAGUGUCUUCGGAAAAAGGAUGUCAGCCAGUGUCUCGAUGGUCGUCUAGAGCAGAUGCCCCAAGCGGUGGGGUUUCUCCUAAUAAUAGUGAUGACGGUGAGCAGCCCCCUGAACGUAAACCUGUCAAAUUAAAGAGGAGCCAUGAACUAGAUGCUGAAGAACAUGGUCAGGCAGAUCCAGAAAGCAUUUGUGGUCUUUUGGGGCUCAAACAUGGCAUGGGACAAAAAUACACGGGAAUUCCUGGCUUCAGUGAAAGAAGAGUGACACAUUUCAAUAAAAAUAUGAAGUUUAAGUCUGAGUUUUUGGACAUGCGCAGAAUAGUCAAGACCAAAAACAAGCACAUCAUUUUUACAGAAGAAUCUGAUACAUUGUUUUGCAAGAAGAGCAAGACUUUAAGUAAGGUAGAAAAGUUCUUGAAACAAGUGAAUGAGCCUGUGGAAGUGAAAUCACAGGACUCCUCCUUGCCAGAUGUACUUCAUAACACCUCUACAAGCAGCGAUUUAGAGGAGCAGGAAAGUGAUGGCGGCUCUCAAAAGACUUCGGAUUUCCAGAAUUGUGGCUUGUUACCUUCCAGCUCAGCUUCCUGUAACGCUGAAUGCCUCAGCCUUGAAGAGAAAGUCAAGGAGAAGGUGGUAAUAUCAACAGGUGACUGUAACUUGCAGGAAUCAGGGCCAGGAGAACAAGAAGGAGAAGACUGUCCAUCGGGAAGACAGCUAGUUCCCCUGGACAUUCCAGACUAUCUGCAGGUAGAAACAGAAGGUGAAAAAGGCUCUUCCAAGAAGAAGAAAAACAAGAAAAAGAAACAGAAAAAAAUCAGACCCCCACAGUCCCUGCCUCCUGAAAUAGCCAGUGAUCCUGAGCUAGCCAAAUAUUGGGCACAACGGUAUAGACUGUUCUCUCGAUUUGAUGAAGGGAUUCAGUUAGAUAGAGAGGGAUGGUUUUCUGUUACUCCUGAGAAGAUCGCAGAGCACAUUGCAGAGCGUGUGAAGCAGUCCUUCGACUCUGACAUCAUAAUAGAUGCGUUCUGUGGUGUGGGGGGAAAUGCUAUUCAGUUUGCCUUGGCAGCAAAAAGAGUAAUUGCAGUCGAUAUUGACCCUGUGAAGAUCGCUCUUGCUCACAACAAUGCAGAAGUGUACGGAGUGGCAGACCAGAUAGAGUUCAUAUGUGGUGACUUCAUGCAACUGGCAUCUGGGUUGAAAGCGGAUGUUGUGUUUCUGAGCCCUCCAUGGGGUGGGCCUGAAUAUGCCACUGCAGAAAUCUUCGAUGUUCAAACAAUGAUCUCUCCUAAUGGAUAUGAAAUUUUCAAGCUGUCACAGAAAAUUACCAACAACAUUGUGUACUUCCUUCCUCGUAAUGCUGAUAUUGACCAGAUUGCUUCUUUAGCUGGACCAGGAGGGAAAGUUGAAAUAGAGCAAAAUUUUCUGAACAACCGAUUGAAGACCGUAACUGCUUAUUUUGGUGAUUUGAUCAGACAAGAUGUAUUGUGACCUGUAUAUGUGUGUACAGCCUUGCUGAUGCACAGUGGAUUGUCCCAGACUUUGAUCUCUCCAUCAUUCAUUUUUUCCCCACAGUC